AUGACUGAUCUCGACUGGGACCUCAUUUUCAAAGUACACGUGAAGGGAGCAUACUCUGUAACUAAAGCUGCAUGGCCUCAUAUGAGAAAGCAGAAUUAUGGAAGAAUCAUUGUUACCUCAUCGAAUGCCGGUAUUUAUGGAAACUUUGGGCAAACAAACUAUGCAGCAGCUAAAUCGGCUCUCGUUGGAUUCUCUAAUUCACUGGCUCAAGAAGGAGCCAAGUAUAACAUUAUUUCGAAUGCAGUAGUUCCCACUGCUGGUUCGCGCUUAACGCAGACGGUGCUACCUGAAUCUCUUAUCGAGGCUCUCAAGCCCGAGUACGUUACGCCGCUAGUGGUUAAUCUCUGUCAUGAAUCUUUCACUGAAAGCGGGAAGGUAUUUGAAGCCGGUGCAGGAUGGUAUGGAACACUGCAAUACUACAGAUCCGCGGGGAAACUUCUGCCACAUGCGACGGCUGAAGACAUCCGGAAGAACUGGGCUCAGAUCACCGAUAUGACUGGUGCGAAACACUUUGAAGGUAUGCGCGAAGUAAUGACUGACCUCAUGGGUGUCGUUGCAGAUGUGGAAUCCAAGGGAAAUGAAAACCAGAACAGCGAAAAAACUGUGGCAGCUGAAGGCUUCCCGUCUCAUAUAAAGUGUUCCCCUCUUUUCCAAGAAAUGGAUGCUGGAGUUAAAGAGGAUCCUGCCACUGUUAAAAAUAUCAAAGCGAUUAUUCUCUACAUUUUGACAGAUGGACAGAAGGAAAUCGGAAAAUUCACCUUGGACUUCAAGAGUUCCUCUCCUUCGGUGUACUACGGUGACGUGAAGAACGGAGAAAAGGCUACAGUAACAGUGACUGUCUCCGACAAUGACUUCUUUGAAAUCGCAAACGGAAAAUUGAAUCCGCAAAAGGUGAAUUCAAAUUCAACUUUUUUCAUCAGAGGAGGUUUUGCAUUCUCUCUAAAUUUUAUAUGA